AAAAAAAAAAAAAAGGCCCUGGCCCAUACUCCCCCAGCUGUGUGCCCUGACCUUUAUACCCCUCCACUUCUUUCUCCUCCUCCUCUCUCUCUCUCCUCCCUCCCUUCUUCACCAAACCCACCCCCCUUCUUCUUCUUCUUCAUCUCCUUCCAUCACCACCACCACCAAACAACAUAUCCAUCCUCACGCAAAAAACACACAACAAUGGCCCUCAAGUCUCUCCUCCUCGGCCUCGCUGCCGUCCAGGCCGUCACCGCCCACUUCGCCGUCGUAUACCCCGAAUGGCGCGCCGACACCCUCGCUGAGGAAAACGAAGACAAGUACAGCCAGUGGGACUAUCCCUGCGGCGGCGUCCCCUACAAGGCAGGCAACAUCACCAACUGGCCCCUCGGCGGCGGCGCCCUCCAGCUCGAGCUGCACCACCCCUGGACCUACCUCUUCGUCAACCUCGGCCUCGGCGCCAACGCCACAAACUUCAACAUCUCCCUCACCCCGGACCUCGUCAACGUCACCGGCAAGGGCACCCUCUGCAUCGACAAGCUCGCCGUCCCCGACGACUCCAUCAAGGAGGGCACCCUCGCCUCCAUCCAGGUCGUCACCAGCGGCGAGUCCGGCAGCGCCCUCUACAACUGCGCCGACAUCCGCUUCACCAAGAACGCCACCGGGCCCAGCAACUGCUCUACCUCUGACGGUCUGGAGAUGCACACCAUCAAGGAGGAUGAUGACGAGGACCACGACCAUGACAACAGCACCGACUCGUCUUCACAGGAUGGUGCGAGCGGCAACGGCUCUGCUCCCGCCGACAAGAAGAAUGCUGCUGCUGGCUUGAUGGGCUCCGACAAGUCUGUUUUGGCCACGGUUGUAGGCCUCGCCGUUGCCUUUUCCCUGGGCCUGGGCCUGUAAAGUUGACGUGACACAUGACAUAAAUGAUGAGGGGGUAAUACGUUAAAUACACCAAGACAUACACGAAGACGGGGGCUUGUCAUGCCUAAUGAAUUGA